AGGAGUGCAAAAAAGUGGAGAAAGGCCACAACUUCUACGAUUUUCAGUUUAAUACAAGGCUUGUCAAAUCCACGAUAGUCCAUUUUCAGGUAUAGAUUGUCUCAUCUGGUUUUGUUGUUUUAAAUUCAUACCGUGACUAUGUGUUAGUUUUUUAACUUCCCUCCUGCAACUUUGUGUAUCAGUUUUUACUUGAGCCAAGUGGAUCCAUUUGAUUUGUUUUUUUCAUUAUUUUGAUCUUUCAUAUCAACAUACUUCCUUCUAUUUUGUUGGUAUUUUUUUUUUGGUGGCUGGUUGAAGGUUGGAAUAGUUCUGCAAUGAGAUACGUAGUAUCUCAAGCAGAUGUUUUUGUUUAUUGUAUUGUAGUUAGCAGUAGUUAGUAGUUUUCUCUUAGGCCUUCCAUGGAUCAUGCUGAUGGCAUACUAACUGUGAGGGUUGUUGAAUUUCUUUGUUCAAGACUUUUACGUGAUGUUUUUUUUCCCCACACAAGGCAUAAGUUUGUUUCUUUAGAUCCACAUUCAUGACCUGUUGGUAUUUGGUUAUUGAUGUUUAAAUGCAUCUGCAUCUUGCAUCUAAUAUUAGUCUGCCCUAAUUUUUUGUUCUAUGAACUAACUUGUAAGUUCUCAACACUAAUGUAAGCAUCAGAAUAGUAUAUGGUUUGAAAUGGCUGUCAAUAUGGCAUAUUUAAUAUAGAUUUUGUUGUUCCCCAAAUAUAACAUUUCAGUUGUGUAGCUAUUGACCUUAGCAAAGAUCAUUACUCGUUAAAUCUUCCACAAUUUCUGCUGAAUAAUGGGGCUUUGCCAGGUUCGUUUUGUUGCUUUGUUAAUAAAAGAAGAGUUCAUAAAUACUUCUUACUUCUCAAAGUUUGGGAAUAGUAACAUAUUUCUUUAGCGUCAAAUUUGCUGUAAACUAGCAUUAGUUGUUUAUGUAAGUUUUGAUUUAGAUUUUAUCUUUUUGCCUUGCCCAGGUCACUAACUUUGGCCUGGGCCUUGUAUUCACCGAAUCCUUUCUGUGCAGAUUGUGAACAUAUUUACCAGAGACUCACAUGAAUAAAUUUAUAGUAGAAGAUCUGUUAUGGGAGGUACCAUAUUGAGUACUUGUUACCACUUACCAGGCUAUGAAACCACUUUGUUUCUGAAACCUGCUUAGGUGAGCAUAUAAUUGUUGUGGUUUCUUCUUUACUGUGUUUUUGGGAAGUGUAGGCAACGUGUGUGGCUUCACAAACAUGUUUGUUUUAAUGUUCCAUAAUAUGCCACAGCACUAUCUCCUGUGUGCAGAGGGUGAUGCAUAUGAGACUAUUGGGUAUAUUCAUUUUUGCAUUCUUUAUAUUUCUUUUAUUUUGCCUGUUUUUGACACUUAAUAGGUGCCGAUGACAUUUAACUCGACCGUAGUUUUGUUGUAUGAUCUGGCUAUGGAGGAUGGAUUUCUUUGUGCUGUCCUGUGGAUUAUUCUUUAAUGUUUUCAUCUUCUCUUAGUUGACCUUGUAUUUACUCAACUGGUUAUUGCUUUUUUUAGGGCGUUUGCUAGAAUUAUCUAGUCAAUGCAAAUUUUGGUCAUUGGAGACUAAUACUUCUUCAAAGCAUUCUGAUUAGACUAACAUGUAUCUCAAUUGCCUUAUAAUUUAACCCAUGGCACGGGAUUGCUACUUCUUUAUUUCAGCCUUAGAAGCAGAUUGCAGUUUUAUCUGAGCAGCUGGCGCAAUAAAGGACACAUUCCAUAUGCUGAGGAACCUGUUAUGGGCAACUUCAAAGCAUGAUGUAUAUCUGACGCAAAAUUACUCCGUGAUGCACUGGUCAUCCACACAGAGGAAGAGUAAAGAAGUAAUUAAUGUUGCUAAGCCUAUUGUCCCAAUCCUGAACUCCCCUGGAUCUAUGGCUCAGACUCUUUCAAGAGUUCAAAUAAGCACCAUGACCGUGAAGGACAACCUAAUGGUGGCAGGUGGUUUCCAGGGAGAGGUUAUGUGCAAGUAUCUAAACCAACCUGGGGUUGCCUUCUGCACUAAAGUAGCCACUGAUGAAAAUGCCAUCACCAACUCUGUCGAUGUUUAUCACAAUACCAGUGGCGCGAUGAGGGUCAUCACUGCGAACAACGAUGCCCAAGUGAGGGUCUUGGAUGGGGGAAACUUCUCGUGCCUGAACCGUUUCACGUUCCCGUGGUCUGUUAAUAACAUUUCUGCUAGCCCAGAUGGGAAGUUACUUGCGGUUCUUGGCGACAGCCCCGAAUGUUUGCUUGCAGACGCUCAGUCGGGAAAGGUUGUGAGCAACCUAAAAGGGCACCUAGACUACUCGUUCGCGUCCGCUUGGCACCCAGAUGGCAACAUCCUGGCAACGGGGAACCAAGACACGACGUGUAGGUUGUGGGAUGUAAGGAACCUAUCGGAGUCUGUGCACGUGCUCAAGGGAAGGAUGGGUGCUAUCAGGGCCAUCCGGUUCACAUCUGAUGGCCGUUUCAUGGCGAUGGCAGAGCCAGCGGACUUCGUGCACGUGUUUGACACGCGAUCGGACUAUGCAGCUGGGCAGGAGAUUGAUCUGUUUGGGGAGAUCGCCGGUAUCUCCUUCAGCCCCGAUGCAGAAGCGUUAUUCGUGGGUGUUUCAGACCGAACAUAUGGCAGUUUGUUGGAGUUCAACAGGAGAAGUUACGACAGCUACCUUACCUGCAUUUUUUAGUGCUAGAGGAUGAGAACGUUUUGCUCUGGAUGGUUGAUUUCUGUGACUUUUAUCACGCAGAAAAAAGAGAAGUUUUGCAGAUGUAAAUGGUUAUUGGCGUUCGUCGUGUAAAUGGAACAGUUUGUGGCUUUUUAGGGGACAUUUGUUUGGCUUUUUAACUUUUAUGGUUAUUUUUUGUGGUAAUUGUGUAUAUAUUAAUGUUAAUGUAAAUGUAUAAUGUGUUUCUUUGCUUUA